AAGUGAAGACUUCAGUCUUUGUCGUUGGGCAGAUCCCCGGUGGAGGAGAGUUGCAGAUCUGAGGCGAGGGGUACCAGAUGCCUGGAGAUAGCCCCAGUGUGUGCCCAGCCCUUUGAUGUGAGCCUACAGCCCGUGCCUUGAGCGCCAUUAGAAGGAAGGGGAGGGGGCAUUCAGAUGCCACACUGCAGAGGUUGGUGGUAACGGUCUGGCUGUCUCUCUCUCUCUCUCUCUCUCUCCUUGCUUCGUGUCUUCCCCCACCGCCUCUUGUGUGUUUCUCCUGCUGGGAUGCUGAAGGAGUGACGGAGAUGGCAGCUGGUCGGCUCCUGCUCUACGCCGGUCUCUCCAUGGCCCUGUGCGCCCUGGGCAUGCUGGCGGUGGCCAUCUGCUCCGACCACUGGUACCAGACCGAUGCCAGGAGGCACCGGGAGCGCUGCAAAAACUACGCCAGCCGCACCAACCACCCGGGCUUCAUCUACACCUCCAACAACCUGCCCCUCCGUGCCAGCCGCCGCCAGCUGGACCGCUGGGAGGAAAAGCUGCUGGGCACCAGGAACCGGCGCCAGCUCUUCGCCCUGAGCGCCGCCGAUGAGUGCAGCCGCAUGUAUAACUCCACCAACACCGGGCUCUGGAUGAAGUGCCACCGGCUGGGAUUUGACCAGGACAUCGCUGAACUGAUUGCCAAAGGUGUGAUAAACAGGUGUACACCAAUCAAAUAUCACUACUCCUCAGCAAUCCUUCCGAAAAAUCUUUCAUACAACAUCACGAAAACCAUCCGGCAAGACGAGUGGCACUCCCUGCAUCUGCGCCGGAUGACAGCUGGAUUCAUGGGCAUGGCAGUGGCCAUCAUUCUGUUUGGCUGGGUAGUCGGAAUCUUGGGCUGCUGUUGGGAUCGAGGCCUGAUGCAGUAUGUGGCUGGCUUGCUGUUCCUGAUGGGAGGGACAUUUUGCAUCAUCUCAUUGUGUACCUGUGUCGCUGGAAUUAACUUUGAACUCUCCCGCUACCCCAGAUACCUGUACGGUCUCCCUGACGACAUCAGUCAUGGCUACGGCUGGUCCAUGUUCUGCGCCUGGGGAGGUCUCGGGUUGACACUCAUUGCUGGUUUCUUCUGCACGCUGGCACCAUCUGUCCAAACCGUCCCCAGGACGAGCUACCCGAAAUCGAGACCAGAAAACGGCACUGUAUGCUAAGAGCUGGAGGAAGCAGCCUAACAUCAAGGGAGACCAGCCCAAGAGUCUUGCUCAUUCGGUGCCUGGCUUGAUGGACCUUUGAUGGCACAAGCUGGACAGCAAACCUUGAGCAAUGUAUAAUUUAUGACUUAUAUGUUAGUCUUAUUUCUUUCAAUGAAGAAGAACUUUAUGUAUAUGCUGUAUCUAUACUGUUACAUUCAAUGGAGAUGAUCAACAGUCUGACACCUUUGUUGUGCUGAUGGAUAGGUUCGAUUAGUCAGGUUCACCAUGGUGGAUAUGUCCCAAACUUACCUGCUGUAGUGUACAGAUUUCUCUUCCAUUAAAACGCAGAACUCUGUGUGUCGGGAGUACUUUCACAGAUCAUUUUCAUACUGACUUGUGUGUGUGCGUGUGCGCAUGUAUGUAUGUGUAUGCGUGAGUGUGUGUGUGUGUGUUUUAUUAUCAGUGUAUCUUGUGAAACUGUAAUUUAUUUUCUUCCCUGUGGAAAUAA